UUUUCCUCCUCUUUCAGCUUCGUCCUCCCCACUCCUUCUCUUCCUCUCCUCCUUUAAGGGUUCCUCGAUCUAUCGGUUCUUACUCAGGCCUCAUUGCCUGUAUCCUUAUUGUAUCCACAGUCCGUGGAUUAUCAAUAUCCUUGUCUGUUUGGAGUGGUAAGAGCUCGGAUCAUGAUUGUUUAGGUCCAAUCUCUUGUUUUGAUAUAUCUACACUGUUGACUUCGCCACUGGCUAUCUUGCAAUAGCGGGUCUAUUCCUUCCCAAAUACAUCCGUCAUACUUGCUUCUCGCCCCUGAUCGAUUGUUUUUAUUGUGUUGCCCGUUUGUUUUGGUAACACAUCGUUGCAUACAAAAUGGCCGGAAACAUUGGUGGUUAUGGCCAGAUCAUUGAGUAUAUUCAAGAUCGUCUUUACUUGGCCUCUUAUGACGACGCACCAGAUGCGAGAACUCCAUUCCCAUAUCCUCAUGAGCAACCCAAGUCUCCAAGCAAGCGCUCAGCACGGGCUCAGCCGGACACCCCCAGUAGCAAAAGGCGAAUCCCCGUGUACUUCACGGUGGAUGAUACCCUGCUAUACAACUCUUUCCAUGCAGACUUCGGCCCUCUCCACAUAGGCCACCUGUACCGCUUUGCCGUUCAUUUCCAUGAGAUCCUCGGCGAUCCUGCAAACAGCGACCGUCCGGUCGUGUUCUACUCUAAGCCUGACGCCCGGAGUCGUGCCAAUGCGGCAUGUCUCGUCGCUUGCUACAUGGUGCUCAUCCAGUCCUGGCCACCUCAUUUGGCGCUGGCCCCAAUUGCGCAAGCCGACCCUCCUUAUAUGCCUUUUCGAGAUGCCGGGUACAGUCAAGCAGAUUUCACCCUGAAUAUUCAAGAUGUGGUGUAUGGAGUAUGGAAGGCCAAAGAGCAGUCACUGUGUGGAUUAAGAGAGUUCAGUCUUGAGGAAUAUGAGAAAUUCGAACGUGUCGAUAUGGGUGACUUCAACUGGAUAACACCUCAAUUCCUAGCCUUUGCUUCGCCGCAGCACGAACCAAUCGCCCCGAUCCCCGCGAAUACCCCCGAAUAUGCUGCACUACCAUCAACAGUCACACAAGUUAAUGCAUCAAGAUUACCUCUUCCUUUCAAAAAUGUGCUCGCCCAUUUUGCGUCACGAAAUAUCGGACUAGUUGUGCGCUUGAAUUCGGAGUUAUACUCGCCUUCAUACUUUACAGCGUUGGGAAUCACCCAUAUCGACAUGAUAUUUGAAGAUGGCACAUGUCCUCCCCUGCCAUUGGUCCGGCGAUUUAUCAAGAUGGCCCAUGAUAUGAUUGCAAAGAAAAAGGGAAUUGCUGUCCAUUGCAAGGCUGGCCUAGGGAGAACUGGCUGCUUGAUCGGGGCAUAUCUUAUCUAUCGGUACGGGUUCACGGCCAAUGAGAUCAUUGCGUUCAUGAGGUUCAUGCGACCCGGUAUGGUGGUCGGCCCGCAACAGCAUUGGUUACACUUGAACCAAGGCGCAUUCCGGGAAUGGUGGUUUGAGGACAGCAUGAAGGAGAAGCUAGCACAAAUGCAGCCGGCCCCAGUCACACCUGGUCGUCCAUCCGCUAAGCAGCGUGCGAACAACGGCCCAGUCGCUACCCCACCGAAUAACGGGCAUUCCAAGCGUGCCGCAUUAGGAGAAAUCGAUAACAACGAGGCUGGCGGAGCUCAGUAUGAUGACAACCUCCCUGCCCCGACGCCCGGACAGCCCCGCAAAUCCCACAGGAAGGACUCCCGCCAUCACCCAUACGCUCGCACGACAUCCGGCAGCCUUGUAGUCGACAAAGAAGCGAAGGCUAGAGACAAUUCGGCGCACAGGAGCCAACGGCUUAGCAGUGAUAGCAGCGAGAGCGAAGAGGAGGCUCAACUUCGCAUGCUCGCAAAACGGUCCUCGAAAUCUCCGGUGGCAUCGCCAAGCCAGCGGUCUGUUAGCUACUCUGCCACCUUAACUAAGGGCUACACCUUAAAUGAUGACAUUCAUGAGGAUAGGGAGAAUUGGGGAGAUGCUGCAUAUGCUGCACCAAAGACCCCAGUGAGUUCUAAGGCUGGGGUAACCGUUACCAAGGUUCGCACCAGCCCUCGACGUGUUACCGAUAGCCGGAGUGAGACUAGAGGCGGCCGGAAGGCCAGUGGCCGAAUCGGUAGUGCCGGCAGCCCUACUCGUGUGAGAUAGGUCACACUGUAACUCCCGUUUUCUUCUUUAUACCUUCAAGAUAUCCUUUUCUUGUUACAUUUUAUUUGACUCCAUUUACAUUCGUCCCGGUGUUCUUCAUUUUACUGGGACAUAAUAGUGCAUACUGCAUGCGCGUUUAACUAGCCUCUGGCAUAGUCAUUAUCUGUCUUCCGGUCCUCAUGCGUUCUUUACGUCUUUGCUGAUUUCCUGCUCGCGGGUGUCUUGGUUCUCUGGUUUAAAAUCGAUGGGUCUGGGUAUGUGUGUUCUGGCGUACGGGGUUUACUUUUGAGGUUGAUGUUGGAGGAUUUAGAAGUUGGUAUUGAUGUGGGUAUCUUGUGGCUAGCACCAGUGUCUAUACACUCGCAUUGUCCGUUUGCAAGCGUGGACAGAAUACCUUGCAUUGUGUCUCUGUACGUAUAUGACCUACGUCGGCAUGAAACAAUUCGCUAGAUGACGGUUACAACUCCC